AUGGCAACCCCUAUCGAUCUUCUGUCGGCGGAAAUUGCUCUCCUGAGCCUUGUAAACGAUUUACCUAAGCAGCCAAGCAUCAACGUAUCCAGCCAGUAUAUCAAGGAGCAAGGAUCGCAGCCCAGCAGGACUCUAUCAUUUAAGCAUGAAAUCUCCAUAACACCAAAUUUGGCAUUCAUAUGUGCCUACUCUGACGAUCCCCUUCAUGUCCUAGCGGCCUGCAUCGAGGAAGCAAUUCUGAGAGACUGUCUCAUCAUUCGUUUCGCCGCGAAUACUGGCAAGCACGGAGUCCUUGUCGAUGGAUUGAAGGCGAUUCCACGGAUCCUGCAGAACGAGGAGCGAUAUAGACGGUCUUCUACGUUCGAAAAGCGUCUUCAGGGUCUGGUCAAGGGUAUUCACUCCAUUUUUUGA